UAAAAUCCAUAUUAAAACCUUAUAAUAAUAAUAAUAAUAAUAAUAAUAAUAAUAAUAAUAAUAAUGACAAUAUAUAUGAAAAUUCACAAUUUGAAACUCCAACCAAUGAUCCUCCAAUCGCAUAUAGUUCUCCAAAAUCUCAAAAUAAAUCAAAUUCUUUUUUAACAAACUCAUUACUUGAAAAUAAUACGAAAAUUCAAAAUAAUCACUCCAAUUCCAUCCAACCAGAUAAAUUCGAUUCAUAUAAUGUUACUGACUCCUCUUUUAAUCAUUCAAAUAUUAAAUCUAAUAACUCCAUAAAUUCAAUCAAUUCAAUAAACUCAACAAAUGCUAACAUGUCCACUGAAAAUUCAACUUCAAAUCAGAUUUUUUAUGAAGCAGUUCCAGUCUAUGCUUCAACAGUAAAUAUUCCAAAUACUAUUCCAAAUAAUAAUAAUAAUAAUACUGGCCCAAAUGAAUUGAAUUUGGAACAGUUAAAUUAUUUAAGACAGUAUUUAAAUAACGUGAAAUUUUCUCCUGAAGAACUUAUAAAAAUUAAUUUUCUAAAUGAUAAACUUUCUAAUAAUAAUAACAACAAUAAUAGUGCUAGUAAUAAUAAUAUAGUAUCAAAAAAUAAUGACACCAUUCAAUCUAUUCUAAAUACUUCUGAAGAGAUGAAUUCAAAAAAAUCCGAUUCAAUCCUUAAAUCUAAUACAAUUGAUAAUGACUCAAUAUUGAAAGAAAAUAAAAAACCCUCUCAAAAAAGCUAUAAUCACGCUAAUCAAUAUCAUACUAAUCGCCCUAUAAAUCAACUGAAAAAUAAUUCAAAUAAAAUUGUAUCAUUAAUUAAUUAUAAUAGCAGCGAAGAUGAGGCUGAAGUUGAAGUUGAAGUUGAAAAUGAAAAUGAAAAUGAAAAUGAAAAUGAAAAUAAAAUACCUUCAGAUAUUGUUAUCAAAAACAAACCAAUUCAAGAAAUUAAUAAAAUAGCCCAUCCAGCAUCAAAUGGUUCUGUUAAACACAAUCUGCUCGAUAAUAAAAAAUUGCAUACCAAUUCUGAAUCAAAUGUUAGCACGCUUUUAAAAUUGAGCAGUUUUUUUGAAUAUAUUCAAAAUUUAAUAAUUAUCGUAUUAUCAAACAAAAUAUUGUUGAUAAGUACCAUUGGAAUUAUCUUAACAUAUUCUUAUUUAAUUAUAUUCAAUUAUGAUAGGGAUUUUGAUUACUACAGAAAAUUAUUAGAAAAAGAAGCAGAUGACGAUUGCUUUUAUUAUUGUUAGACUCACUAAUUUGGUGUUAGUAUUUGGCUUAGCUUGUGUUAAUUUUGAAUUUGAAUUUGAAUUUGAAUUUGAAUGUUUAUUGUUUUAGUUAAUUAACCUGUUAUUUUUCAGUUCUUUUUUUUUCAAUUAUUUAUAACUAUUUUCAUGUUGGGACAUUUUAUAUGAAGUUUUUAGCAUUUUUCUAUUUUUCCACAUCUCUAUUGUUUGCUGCUGUUAUUCUAAGUUUCUAUUGAAUUGGGGU